CUCAGAAGUGUUUGCUAGCUGUGGAUGCGAUCCAACAAUCAUGCCAGAGCAAACAAUUCAAGAGUUCCUUGCGGCGCCCGCUUGGCUCACCCGGGAUUACGUCCAGCGGAAGCUGCGCGAUUAUCUGAAAGAUGGAAAACUGCAGCUGCAACAACUUCACAUAAAGCCCGCCACGGCGAAUGGGGAGAACUAUGCCAGCGUGAUGACGCGCAUCAUUGUGGAGUAUAAGGACAAGAAUCUACUACAGCACACGGAUACCUUUUUAAUAAAGACCACGUUCGCCGACAAGGAUCCGGCAGCUCAUUUGCUGGAGCAAUACGGCAUCUAUGUCCGCGAAAUGGAUAUGUAUGAGCAGGUGCUGCCCAAGCUGGCAAAGAUCAUCCAACAAGAGCUGGGCGACCAGAGAAAAAUAUUUGCCGGCACCGUGAACGUGGAUCGGGAACGCGACUCUAUUAUGUUUGAGGACAUGUCCUUGGAUAAAUACACCGUUGCGGAUCGCAUAAAGCAGUUGGAUCUGGACCAUACAAGACUGGUGCUGGAAAAGCUGGCCGAAUUCCAUGCCGCUGGGGUCGUGCUCAACGAGAAACAGCCUGGAAUUUAUGCCAAGAAAUACGAUCGUUGCUUCUUCAAUAGGCACACCAGAGCCUACAAGCCGAUCAUGCAGAAUAUGCUGAGAGCCCUGAUAAUAUCCAUUGAGGACGACAAACUGCUGCAUCAACGAUACGCGGCUAAGCUAAAUGGAGUGAUCGAUCACAUCAUGGAAUAUAGUGAGCGAACGAUGGAGCUGAACGAAGGCGAUUUCGCAGCUCUGUGCCACGGAGAUCUGUGGACUACGAAUAUUAUGUUCAAUUAUCUGGCAAGCGGCAGACCCAACAAUAUGAUUUUUAUAGACUUUCAAUUUAGCGUGUGGAGCUCACCGGCUAUCGAUCUGCACUACUUCUUCAGCACCUCGCUGCAAGACGAACUCCACAAGCAUAAACAAACUGAGCUGGUCCAAUUCUAUUACCAGAAGCUCGUCGAGGCCCUGACCAAACUCAAGUUUCGUGGCCAUGUGCCCAGCCUAUUCGAGUUCCAGCUCCAGUUUCAAGCGCGUGCUUUCUAUGCUAUUUUUUGCUCCUUGGUUUUCCUGCCCGCCAUGCUGCACAGUGGCCCCGAAGAAUUCUCCAUCGAGAAAGCUCUGUCUAACUCUGAAAGCGAUAUUGCUUUGAGAGUAUCCCUCUAUAGGAACGCGAUCUUCCAGAAGAAACUGAGAACCAUUUUGCCAUUUUUCGAUCACAAAGGAUUGCUGGAUGAGAUGUAAAUGGAAUUUAUGUUUUUAGUUGCAUAAUAUUUAUAAUUUAAGAAUUAUUGAAAAAUAAAAUUAGCCUCAAGCUGA